AUGCACCGAAGCAACUCGGACUUGCUUGAUAAUUAUCGAGCCGACCCGAACAUGCGGCCACCGUAUUGUUGGCACUACAUCCGCCCUGAACGUCAGCGGUGGGGCGUGAUGGAAAUAUGGAGAAAUUCAGGACCUGUGACACGACCCCUAUUUGAUCGUGGUGCUACCCACGGGGAGUACGGCCCUAAUUGGGUUACUGGAUGGCUGUUGUACAGUGUAUUCCGGUCGCGGGACAUACGCAACAAUCGUCAUCGUAACCAGAACAAGAAAGACCCAGGCGGCAGCGGCAACGGUGGUAGCAGCAGUAGUGGUGGUAGCUCCGGUAAAUUCAACGCCCUCUCUAUUUCUCCAUUCCCACUUAAACAAAUCUAG